AGCUCACCUCCUCAUCAGUCCUGGGGCUUUGAUCCUCCUUUGAUGUACAAUUAGAAGAGCAUCCAACCUGAGAGUGCUGAGACCCACAUUGGUCAAUACAAAUAAAUAUGAUCACCUCCCUGCAUCGUGGACUCGUUUAUCUGCUCCUGUUAGUCAGUGGGGUGCUGGGGUGGCACGACCUGGACAAUAGCGAGUAUGACUGCUGGCCGCUGGAGAAGCCAGACGAGCUGAAUAUGAUCGACUGUGGAGGUCUAGAGAUGGCCUGGGUUUUGCGUCCUCCAGAUAAAGUCCUGAGUGGCGAGGAGUUUGACGUCAUUUAUUCAGUUACAGUCAGAGACGAGUUCUACCAGUGGGCUGUGGACAACGACAUCUUUAUGCACAGGUCCAUUACAGACCCAGCGGAGGCUCGGCGGUUCUGCGAGGAACACGAGUGUCCGAGUAACUGGAAAGACGCAAACGGAGAAAACUGCUGCAUUCACCAUGCUAACAUACACUCCUGCCCUAUGGGUUACAUGAAAGCAGCUGAAGAGAGGAUCUGUGGUCCCUGGAUUCCGGAUGAUGGCCGAAUCUUCACACACACCAUCUCUACAUCUGGACAAAUGACCCAGACAAACUGGACCGCCAAGGUGGUGUUGUUCCAUGAGGGUCUGACGUCCCUCAUCGCUCAUAUUCGUGUGGGGAACAUGCAGGUGGCUUUGGAGGCCAAAAGCACCGUCCUGCCCGCUAUCAUGUGUGGGGACGGUGUUUGUGAGGUAGAGGAGAGCUGUUUUCAGUGUCCGGCGGACUGUGGCGACUGCCCUCUCAGUUCUUCAGUCCGCGCCGCCAUCGGCCUCACUGUGACCACCAUCAUCAUCAGCUUCUUCAUCACUGCUAUGUGGUUUAGGUACCAGAAACAGAAGCUGCUGUGGGACGAGAGCUGGAUCAUAGACUUCAGCCAGAUCAAACAAGACUACAUUGCUCGAGCAGCUAUGGGCAGUAUAAUCAGUGUUCCAGCAGCCAACAGUGACUCUAACGCCAGCUGUGUGACAGCUGUGAGCUCCUGUACCGGCAUGCCCACCACCCGAAAACAGCUCUACACACACACUGGCAUCUACGAUGGACGAACUGUGGCCAUCAAGAAGAUCAAAACAAAGAGUUUUUCUCUCUCAAAAAGCAUCCGGCAGGAAGUAAAGCAAGUCAGAGAGCUGGACCAUCCCAACCUGUGUAAGUUCUUUGGAGGGUGUGUGGAGGUCCCCAAUGUUGCUAUAGUGACGGAGUACUGUCCUAAAGGCAGCCUGAACGAUGUGCUACUCAAUGAUGAGAUCCCACUGAACUGGGGCUUCAGGUUCUCGUUCGCUACCGACAUAGCGCGAGGGAUGUCUUACCUCCACCAGUACAAAAUCUGUCACGGACGCCUCAAAUCAGCCAACUGUGUCAUUGAUGACCGCUGGGUGUGCAAAAUUACAGAUUAUUGUCUGUGGGUGUAUCGGCGAGAGGACUGUGCUGAACCCCUCACCACCUACCAGCUCAGACUGAAGGAGGUCUACACUCCACCUGAGGCCCAGAACGGCAGCUCCGAGCCCACCCUCGCAGGAGACGUCUUCAGUUACUCCAUCAUCCUGCUGGAGAUCGCCACGAGGAACGACCCAGUUCCAGUGGAGGACAGUUCAGCAGAGUGUGCUUGGUGUCCUCCUCUUCCUGAGUUGAUUUCAGGGAAAGCUGAUAACACCUGUCCCUGUCCUGCAGAGUACGCAGAGUUGAUUCGUAGAUGCCGCUCUCAUAACCCCACCCACCGGCCCACCUUUGAGCAAAUCAGGAAGUUUGUUCAUAGAAUCAACCCACACAAAGUCAGUCCUGUGGACAUGAUGAUGAACCUGAUGGAGAAGUACAGUAAACACCUGGAGGUUCUGGUGGCUGAGCGGACGCAGGACUUGAUGCAUGAGAAGCAGAAGACAGACCGGCUGCUCUACAGUAUGCUGCCUAAGCAGGUUGCUGAUGACCUCAGACAGGGAAAACCUUCCCAGGCUCAGAGCUACGUCAGCGCUACUGUCUUCUUCAGUGAUAUUGUGGGCUUCACACAGCUGUCCAGCACCAGCACACCGUACCAGGUGGUGGACUUCCUCAACAAACUCUACACCACCUUCGACGAAAUCAUCGACAACCAUGACGUCUACAAAGUGGAGACCAUUGGAGACGCGUAUAUGGUGGUCUCUGGUGUGCCGCGAGAGAACGGGAUUUUGCAUGCAUCAGAGAUCGCCAGCAUGGCUCUGGAUCUGGUGUCUGUCUGCAAGACCUUCAGGAUCCCUCACAAACCCCAAACACAGCUACAGAUCCGUGCUGGAAUACACUCAGGGCCUGUGGUGGCUGGAGUGGUCGGCACUAAGAUGCCACGUUACUGUCUGUUCGGAGACACCGUCAAUACUGCCUCCCGCAUGGAGUCCACCAGUGAAGCUCUGAAGAUCCAGUGCAGCUCCAGUGCCUUUUACCUGCUGGAAGAGAUCGGGGGCUACAUACUCACAUGCAGGGGGGUGCUGCAGGUCAAGGGUAAAGGGGACAUGGUGACGUACUGGUUGGAAGGGAAGCAGCCAGCGACGGUCAGUAAGGAGAAGAGAGCAGAACCAGUGCUGGAUACGGCAGACAAAGAGAAUUUCUCCAACAUCCCUGGAGUUAUCACCUGUAAUAACAACAAUGACCUGCUGUUUGACCCAAACUAAAGCCUUAUUGGAGCUGGAUUAGUAUCACCAGCAGAGGCUGUGUAAUGUCAUUUGUUGAUAUUUGCCUGGUUCAGGAUUAAGAAUGUGUGUAAUUUACCCAAAUUUCUGCAGAAUAAAUUAUGUUCACAUAUGGGUUAUACCACACUCAAUAACAAUAACAAUACGGUGCACCAAUGUGUCUGUUAGCAGGUUGUGCUAUUUCAUUAGUGGGCAGUGGAUUAGUACAGAACUACUGUUACUGAGGAAGCCUUUAUUUUAGCCAAUUACAGAAGACCAUUCACUGCUUAUUCAUACUGGAUUAACGUCAUUAUUUACAAUUAUUACUAUUAAACUGUGAACCUUUGGAUUCAUACUGGAUUUAAAUCCCUCCUAAGUUUCACCACUUUCUAACAGAUAACUUAUUUGACUUAUUUAUAAAAGUCACAAUAAAUACAUCCAAUGCAAUACAAUGCUCUAGCUCAUCAGCAGGCUGUGGUUGCGAAUUUCAACUAACAGCACAAUGGUUUUUAAUAACUGGUGUAUUGAUACAGGAUCCAGUAGAUGUGUUUAUAUCAAAUAUAUUGCGGUGGCAUUGAAUGAAGCUAGUCAGAUUUAUUUUUAAGAAUAACAUUUUUCCACACAUACUUUAUCUCGUAAACCAUUCCUCAGCUGUGCAGUGUGUCUGAUCUGCUCUUCUGUAUGUAUUUAAUUAUUUUAGCAUACUGUAGCAUCCAACUUCUACAAUAUACAGAGUGCUGAGAUUUGUUUUCUUUAAGCUGUGUGGCUGUAUUCACUGUAAAAACGUUGGUUUCGUUGGUGGAAUUGCUGUAGGCUUAGCAGCAUCUGUUCAUAAUGUUCAUGGUUGCUGUGUAGUGGCCUGUCUGUCUGCGCAACAGUCAGACAAAAAUAAGUCAACAUUAAAUCUCUUCUAACUUUUUAACCUUUUUAGUUCAUGUUCCUGCUCAUAUCAAGCGAGAUUUAUAGUCAUGUAAAAGGUCACCUGGUAAACUUUGAUGGAAGUGUAGCAACCUUUAUCCGCCUCUAAAGUCAUCUGAUUUUUGAUUACGCCAUUGUGCACCAAUGGGUGUGGAAAACACAGUAUACCAAUAAUAUAUAAUACUACUAAUAAUAUCACCGUUGGUGGAAGAAAACCUUGUAUCUCCAUUUUUGAUGGUUUCCAGUUUUUGACAUAUUUGGAAAAGGCUCCUUUUUUAAUGUGUGUCAGUUUCAUGAUGAAUGGAUUAAAAGAAAUUACUUGGAAAGACGUCUGGUUCCAUUGACAUACAUUAAGAGUAAAGUAUA